CUUGAAAAGCAGAAACACCCCUGAGAAUUUGGUAGGAUGUUCAAAGAGGCAGAGCAGCCAUAUAACAAAAUCAGUUGAACUUGUUGCUUCCCUUUGUUGCUGAAUCCAACUAACCAACCAAAUUAUUCUAAUAAAAAUGAAAUUAUCAAUCAUAAUUACAGUAAUAAUAUCCGCAGUUAUCCUUCAAAUUAUCGGUCUCUCACUCUUCGUCUUCGGCUUCUUCCCCGUCAAACCAGCUCUCUCCGGCGUCAGUGGUCCUGAGAGCUUUUAUUACGACGAUGACGGCGGCAGCGAUUCCGUUGCAAAUCACACGCGGGCGUCUAUGCCUCCUCAUCUCCUCAAAUCUCUCUAUCAGGAGCUCUCCGGAAUCCAUCCUUCUUUUGAACGUCUGAUUUUGAUGGUUAUUGAUGGUCUUCCAGCGGAAUUUGUUCUCGGAAAGGAUGGGCAGCCUCCACGGGAGGAUUUCAGGGAAGCCAUGCCUUAUACUCAGGCAUUGCUUUCUAAUGGAAUGGCAAGUGGAUACCAUGCGAAGGCUGCACCUCCUACUGUUACCAUGCCUCGUUUGAAGGCCAUGGUUUCCGGUGCGAUAGGGGGCUUCUUGGAUGUGGCUUUCAAUUUUAACACACAAGCUAUGUUAGAUGAUAAUCUUCUUGGUCAAUUUUUUAGGAUUGGUUGGAAAAUGGUGAUGCUUGGUGAUGAAACCUGGCUCAAGCUGUUUCCGGGAUUAUUCACAAGACAUGAUGGAGUUAGCAGUUUUUAUGUUAAAGACACAGUACAGGUAGAUCAAAAUGUUUCUCGACAUUUGGAGAACGAGCUUAACAGAGAUGACUGGAAUCUUCUGAUUCUUCAUUAUCUGGGCUUGGAUCAUGUUGGGCAUAUUGGUGGACGUAACAGUAUUUUGAUGGCUCCAAAACUUAAGGAGAUGGAUGAAGUGGUGAAGAUGAUUCAUUUGAGCACUAUCCAGACUCGAGAUAAUGAUCAAGGAAAGACACUUCUGGUUGUAGUAAGCGAUCAUGGCAUGACUGAGAAUGGUAAUCAUGGGGGCUCUUCGUAUGAAGAAACCGACUCGUUAGCUCUUUUUGUUGGCCUCAAAAAUGAUCUCUCUGAUUAUGCAGCAUCCUCUUGUAACUCUAUUUACCAGGUUGACAUUGCUCCAACGUUAGCUCUUCUAUUUGGUGUGCCGAUUCCUAAGAACAAUGUUGGUGUCCUGAUUUCAGAAGCAUUUGAUUUAUUGACAGAUGAUAAACAACUGAGAGUGUUGGAACUGAAUUCCUGGCAGCUGCUCCGAUUAAUCCAAGCACAAUUACCUGGUUUAUCAUGCCGAAACUUGCCAAGCCAUGAUGGCUUUACAGAUGGUCUUGCAUCUACAAUUGUAGAAUGCUCUGGUAGUAUGGAGAAGAUGUUGUGUUGCCUAUAUAUGAACGCCAUAAAUCUUCACAGUUCCUGGAAGUCAAAGUCACUCUCCAGGUCUACAAGUAGGGAUGAUUACAGCUGCACUGUUGCAGCAUAUCAUCAGUUUCUGAAAACUGCAAGUGAGUGGUUAUCACGCAGAGUGACUGAUAAACCUGUUGGCUUACUUGCUUUUGGGGUUGUGGCAAUGGCCAUAUCAUCUCUAACAUUAUUAGGCCUCAUGAUUUGCAUGAGUACAGAGGAUCAACCUGGAGAGAACCAAUGCCGUUGUAAUUCAAUUACUGGUUGGCACAAGUGGUCUGUAAAUGAAAUCUUUCUAUUGGGUGUCAUGUUAAUUCUUGUUAUGAGUAUGGCUUCGAGUUCUAUGGUAGAGGAAGAGCAAUAUAUAUGGCAUUUUGUUUUAUCAACAUCAUAUGUUCUAUUUCUUCGAAAAGCAGUUCAGCCUCUUGCACCAGGAAGUGCAAAGAGCUUUUUCAAAUUGAUGAAGGGACAGACAGAAAGACUUGAUUUUCGCAUAUCUUCCAUCAUUUUGCUUCUUAUUUCUGGAAGAAUUUUGAGAAGCUGGCACCAAGGUGGUGUAAACUGGACGUAUCUUCCAGAUAUUUCAAAGUGGCUUGAACAGGCUGGGGUUAACCAUGUGAGAUCAAUUCAGCUAGCAUCGGGUUUGCUAGUGAUCAGUUUAAGCAUAUUUGCUUUGUUUUUGUUUGGAUUUAGGAGAAAAAUCACUCAAUUAGUUGGAUUUUGCUUUCUCAUAAGUGGAUUCUUGGUUUUAUGGUACCUGUAUCACAACAAUGCAUUUGUGUCUGCCAGUUGUGAUGCUGCAAUACAGGCACAGAUAAUAUAUGCAAUUCUUGGUAUUGCCACAGUUGGCACUUUUGUAGCAUUACCAUGGUUCAUACCUCUUUGGUUCCCUGGUACAUGUUCAAAGCCUAAUGUGAAAUCAACUUUGGUUACUUUUGACGGUCAAUGCAUAUUUUCAUUGGUGGAAUUCAGAGACUCUUCAUAUCUGAUUGGGUUAGCAUAUAUAAUAUGUUGGUGCCUUCUGCAGCUGUUGCUUCAACAGCCAGUCAAUUCAAUGCCCAUCCUUUUGCUUCUCGUGCAGAUCCUCUCUAGCAUGCUCUACUUUUCUUGUAGUGGGCUACAGCAUAUUGAAGUGGAGGUUGCUUUGUUGUACUAUAUGGGAAUGGCAGGCCAUUUUGCUCUCGGGAACAGCAAUACUCUUGCCACAAUAGAUGUUGCUGGAGCUUUUAUUGGCCUGUCAAGCCACUCAAUGUUCCUUUCUGGCAUUUUGAUGUUCAUCAUUACCUACGCGUCCCCAAUGUUAUUUCUUCUUAGCAUGCUGAUGUACAUCUCCGUGAAGUGCACCAGCUAUCUUGCAAAUCACCAAAAUGUAGAUUCGGGGCAUCUUGCAAAGAUGAUUCUUGGAUUUCCUUGUCUGGUUCCCGUGGGCUUGAAUUCAAUUCUACUGACUUCCUACACCAUUGUCUUGCUGUUAAUGAGGAACCAUUUGUUUGUUUGGAGUGUCUUCUCUCCGAAGUACUUGUAUGUUUGUGCUACAACUGUUUGCAUCUACGUUGGGGUCUUUGUAGUGGCUGCCACUGAGAUUUAUACGUGUUGGGUGCUGGCACUGCGGAGAAAGAAGCAGAUUUCAAUCCGAUAGGAGCUUUGCAUGCCAAGAUGGCCGGCGUGGUGACCUCUUUCAGACCAAAUAGCACUCUGGCCAUUUAUGCAUCUGUUUUCAAUAUUAACCGAUCAAUUUUCUUUUGUCCACGAAGUGAUUGGUUUCAUUACAAAUAAGGCCCCACCCUUCUUCCAGCCCAAUUUUGGCUUUGGCAUUGCUUUUCUGAACCAGAGUUUUUGUUUUCCUUCGAUUCUUGAAUCAAGUCAAUUCCAAUA